AUGUCGGCUCUCACUGCCGUUCUCAAUGAGCUGGGCCUCGUUUCCCUCUGGCAAUCGUCUCGUGAUGUCAAACUUCUGUGUUUUCAGCGUUUCGUGCGACUCUUUGCCUACGGGGGUUCCACUCUCAUUCUGGCCUCGUAUCUAUCCGCUCUGGAAAUCAGUGAUGAACGAAUUGGGCUGUUCAUGACCCUCACCCUGGUUGGCGAUGUGGUCAUCAGCUUCUUGCUCACUCUCUUUGCAGACGCCAUGGGUCGCAAGGCAGUGCUGGCGUUGGGAUCGGCCUUGAUGAUCGGCAGUGGUGUUGUUUUUGGGUUGUUUGGCAAUUUCUGGAUACUUUUGGCCGCAGCGAUUUUCGGUGUCAUCAGUCCGAGUGGGAACGAAAUUGGCCCCUUCCGGGCAGUAGAGGAGUCAACUCUCGCCCACCUCACUCCUCACGAGCUACUCAGCGAUAUCUUUGCUUGGUAUUCUCUCAUCGGCACCGCAGGCACUGCCCUGGGCUUGAUGGUCACUGGCUGGAUCAUCAACUUCUUGCAAACGUCCAAAAGGUGGGAGUAUAUACCAGCCUGUCAGAUUAUCUUCUUUGUCUACGCUGGCAUUGGUGCGGUCAAGUUCCUUCUCACCCUUGGUCUAAGUAAAAGGGUGGAAGCUGCCCCGAAGAAGAAGAAGGCCGCAUCUGAGGAUCAGCCAUUGCUGGGCGAUCGCCAGGAGCCGCAAAAGAAAUCAUAUUUUUCUUUCAUGGAGAAAGAUCUUAUGUCUUUGGUAUUCAAGCUUGCGGUACUGUUUGCCCUCGAUGCGUUUGCUUCUGGACUGGCUUCAAUGUCGUGGAUGACAUAUUUCUUCAAACGCAAGUUUGACUUGGAAGAAGGAGGACUCGGUUCCAUCUUUUUUACUACCAGCAUAAUCGCCGCUGGUUCCAUGUUGGUCGCCUCUUCUAUCGCAAAACGUAUUGGUAACGUUAAGACAAUGGUCUUCACCCAUCUCCCCUCCGCCAUUUGCUUAGCCCUCAUCCCCAUCCCCUCCUCACUUCCCCUAUCCUUGACCUUUUUGGUUAUGCGUUCCUGUUCCCAGAGUAUGGACGUCGCUCCGCGCUCUGCCUUCCUGGCCGCUGCUCUUCCUGCCGACAAACGCACGGCCAUCAUGGGAGCCGUUAAUGUCGUCAAGACCUGCAGCCAGAGCCUGGGUCCGCUCACUACGGGUGUGUUGUCGAGUCAUGGUCUCUUUGGUGUUUCUUUUACCAUUGCGGGUAUAUUGAAGGCACACUAUGAUGUCGGAAUGCUGCUUUGCUUUGCAGGCAAGGAACCAGUGCGACAGAGGACAGAGGAGCAAGAGGAAUAA